AUGCAGCCUCUUGCUAAAAACUCAUUCAAUCCAGCUGCGGGCUUGGACAGUGCCUCUGCUGAUAUAAACAAAAUAAUGCGUUUAAGCUACGGCACAGAAAUUGACUAUCAGCGACUAGCCUAUGAAGCUGGGGAGAUUUGGAAAUCUUGGAAUAAGCAAAUUGAAUUAGGAACCAACAAUUUGCCAGCUGGGCUCGAAAAAGAGGACAAGCUGUGGUAUUCAACCGGUAUGCUUAGAAUGAGUGCUACGGAGGAUUACGGCGAAUUUGAAUUGAGGACGUUGGAAAAUAUGCAGAAGGAGGGGUUGAGAGAAAUGCAAUAUAUGUGUGACAACCCAGAAGACAUUCUGAGAGCAAGGUCCCGUGGAUGGGGACAAAAGCUUGAUCCACUGGACAAGAAGAAGAGACUUGGUUAUAAUACAGCUGUGCUAGACUCGACUGCUGGCUUUGUGGCUGCCGAUAAAGCAUGUCACUGGGUGUGGCAUUUAUGCCAAAGGGCAGGCGUGCACUUUGUUCAAGAUCCCACCAGAGGCAAAGUAACUCAGAUAGUAGAUGACGGCGACAAAGUUAUCGGUAUUAAAACGGCAGAUGGUCUUGAGCAUCACUCCGACAUGGUCAUUGUUGCUUGUGGAGGAUGGACGCCGACAUUAAUCCCUGAGGUCAGAAGUCUACUUGAAACAACGGCUGGCUCAGUUGCGACCAUUCAUAUUGACGAAGUUACUAUGCCGCAUUUGUGGCAAAAGUAUGCACCGGAAAACAUGCCCGUCCUCACUUGGGGUAUGAAGGAAGGGAAAGGUGUCUAUAUGUUACCGAGGACCAAGGAGGGCGUUAUUAAAUUCGGAUACAGAGCAACGAAAUGGACCAACUACGAUACAGUGGGGGAUGGCCAGCGAAUCUCGGUUCCCAAGACAGCGCACGUUACGGACAAAAAGGAAAGCAACAUCCCAAAGAAAUCUCUGAACUCAAUCAAGGAGUUCAUCAGCAUAAAUACACCCGAUCUCCUCCCCCUCGAAUUUUCCGCCACAAAGUUGUGCUGGUAUACGGACAGUAUCGACAACUCAUUCGUGAUUGAUCAUGUUCCCAACAAACCCGGGAUGUUUGUUUGCUCUGGUGGUAGUGGACACGGAUUCAAAUUUCUUCCCAUUUUGGGCCGAGAAAUUGUCCCUAUCUUAGAAGGUAGAGGGCAGGAUACAGUCUACGGCAAAAUGUGGCGUUGGAGAGAAGACAAGGCUCUAACACUGGGAAACAAAAGGAACGGGCUGCAAGAAGGAGAAGGGGGACCCAGAGUUCUGGCCAAGCAGGAUAUGGCUUCUCCUAGGGACUGGAGAGUAAAUAGUGAAGCUUCUAGGCUAUGA